AUGGGCCCAGACUACUCGGCAUCGGCCACAGGCAACGCAGUACUAGACGCAGCACGUGGUGUAACAGGAUCUGGAGCUGCAGUUAAGACAGAGCAGAGUGUCACUGAAUGGACGCGUCAAGAACUGUGCGUGAUUGCCAGUCUGCAGCUUGCAUUGGUACUAGUGUCCUACCGUUUAGAUCGCUUAGAGCACCCGGUACUGAUCUCUGAGUCUGCUGUUGCCAUAUUUUUUGGUGUAUUGUUUGGUAUCGGGGUGUUUAUUUUCAACCCAAUGGAAUCACUGAACAAUGGUAUGGACCCAGAAGUGCUUUUUUACGCUUUAUUACCACCGAUUAUUCUAGAGGCAGGAUUUAAUAUGAAGAAAAGGGGAUUCUUUUCCAACUUUAACGCGAUUAUGCUGUUGGCUAUUGUGGGGACACUGGUGGCGACAUUUAUCACGGGCGGCGUGUUGAUUUGGCUGGGAAACUUGGGGCUCAUCACUAAGCUGACUGCUGCGGAAGCGUACCUGUACGGCGCUCUGAUAUCAGCGGUAGAUCCAGUAGCUACAUUGUCAGUGUUUAAGAAGAAUGGUGUGCCUCCACUUCUUUUCAAUCUUGUCUUUGGUGAAAGCAUGCUGAACGACGGUGUUGCAAUUGUGUCAUUCACGCUAUUUCAAGGCCUCAUUCGGAAUGGUAUUGAUGAUGUUACUUUACACGACGCAGGCAUCAUUAUCAUCAAGGUAUUUGGGAUUGGCUUUGGAUCUGUUGGUCUCGCAGCAGUCGUGUGCUUUACGUCGGCAUUUUUACUGAAACAAGCUGACCCGGUUCUUCAUCAGCAUCCGUCCUAUGAGAUCUCAAUUGUGCUCCUCUCAGCGUAUCUGAGUUACGUGAUAGCCGACUUAGUUGGAAUGAGCGGCAUUGUGGCGCUGUUCUUUUCGGGCGUACUUAUGAGUCACUAUCACCUGUACAACAUAGCUGACGAAAGUGCAACGGCUCUACAGCAUUUGUUAACGACUUCGUCAUUCAUGGCGGAUAAUUUUGUCUUCAUCUACAUGGGGAUGAGUGUGGUGGCGUAUUCUGGAUACUUUACGUGGGACUGGGGUUUUAUUCUUGUCAACAUGAUCGCUUGUAUCUUUGGGCGCAUGCUCAACACGUUUCCAAUGUGUAUGCUUGCCAACCUUUGCCGGUCGGAAACUGAAAAAAUUUCAUGGAGCCACAUGGUGGUUAUUUGGUUUGCUGGGCUUCGUGGCGCAAUUGCCUUUGCGCUAGCACUGAAUGUUUAUACGCCCAAUCGCGUUCACGCUAGUGUGAUCCAGAGCACAACGCUUUUCACAGUCAUGUUUACGACUUUAGUUUUUGGAAUGGGAACAAGCCCUGUGCUUCGCUACUUUGGCUUAACGGCGUCACAGGAACAUGAACGGGAGUUUAACAACGACGAGGAUGCGAACGAACGCUUGCUUUCUGACGACCUAGAGCGCGAUGCGGACGCUUCAUUCCGUCCCAUUGACCGACCGCUUUCUCGUCGGAGCAUUAGCGGCAUCCACAGCAUUUGGGAAAGCGUCGAUGAAAAGUACUUGAAGCCGCUUUUUGGUGGACAACCUCGCGAUGAGCAGCAGACGGAUCCGAGUGAUGCAGAGCUCAAGCGUCGAGCAAUGGGCUCUCCUGUCCCAACCACGAGCAGCAGUUCUUCAAUUAUCAGAAAUUGCAACCGACCAUCAAUUGAGAAGAAAGACUCUACGCUGUCACCGCCCAAUUUGCCGUUAUCUCCCACAAUAUCGUUAGUUGAGAUGGCAGAGCACCAUGACAAUACUGUCACGUGA